UGGUCUGCUGGAGCAGGAACACUGUCUGAGAGUCGUUCCUGCUGUCUUUCUCUCUCAUUCGGAGACAUCUGAGCAAUAAUGCUGUGAAUGAUUAUAGGAAAGGCUGUUAUGAAGUGCUGCACCAGCACAUCUACUGAUGACAUGUUAAUGAAGGUUAAUAUUCGGGUGCUGUGCAGUAGAAAACAUCUCUAAUGUUGAAUCCAUCGCAAGAGGGAGACAGUCGCCUUGGCAACAGCAGCAUCCGUCAGCUUCAGCACCAUUCAUCAGUCUACGGCGAACUACUGGACACACUUCAAAUCUCACAUGUUUUUUAGGUUUAAAUCAAAUAAAACCAAUAACAAUAUGAUCUAGUCCCAAAUUCUCCCAGUUCUGAGCUCACAAAACGAGACUUUAGGCCUAUCCAGAUGUUGAACACGUUUCUCACGCAUGUGGAGGAAUAAUAUCAAAACCAAUGAGAGGAAUUCUGACAUUCGUGAGGUUUUUGACGCCAAAAUAAAGUGUUUAAGUGUUUCUCGUCUCGCAGCAACAAGCUGCACUAGACAGACAGACAGACAGAGAACCUCCAUCUGCUGGAACCCGAUACCGAACAGAAAGAGGGAAUAUAAUCAGAUGUUCCCGACUGACCCUUUCAUUUCCAGCGCCGUGAGAGGAGCGCGCGGCGGGCGCGAGGAGCAGCGCUCGUCCGUUCGGUGAGGGGGUUUGAUUCAUCCGUCGUGAUUCGUUUCUCUCUCUCUCUCUCUCUCUCUCUCUCUCUCUCUCUCUCUCACUUGUACGUGUCGUUUAUGGAGCGGGUGGGCUGCGGAUCGGCCACCGGGUGUGAUGUGACCGGUUCGGCGGAGCGGGGAACAGCAGGGCUGCGGUGCAGCGGGCGCGUCGGUGCUUCCGACCGGAUUCACGUCGCGUGAUGAUCGCUCGCUCUUUUCCUCACGAACAUUCACGCUCACCCGCGAAGCAUUCGACGAUAUAACGGCCACCUAUGGAAACUGGAGAUCAGAAUUUUAGGAAAAAGGCAAGCGAGUGAUUUUAUUCUUUAUUUUCAUCCGCUCGUUUCUUUGAUCAUCGCCAGGAUGGAUUGAUUUCACUGACGCGUGUCUCUGUCGAAUCACAAUUUGAACCACAAACCGUUUUGAUGUUAAUGGAUCGGUUUUAAUCGCUCAUUGUUGGCGUUUAGAUUCAUGGAUGUGCGCGCGGACAGCGGCACCGGGGACACGCGCACGCCACCGCUCGACCGGCAGCGGUUUGGGAACGUGAAGGAUUCUGAACCUUCAUCAGUCCGGAGGAUCAGCUGCAUCAGGCCAGAAGGAUUGAAGAUGAAUGUAUGUUUUGGCAGUAUAUGUUCCGUUUCCCAUUUGGAGUGUCACUCAAGUUCAUCAUAAUCAGUUAGUAUGUAGGUCCAGGUUGAAGUGAUCUGCUCAUUUGUCUUCCUUCUCAAUCAAUUCAUCAGCCCUUUGUUGGCUCCAGCUCCUCUAGGGGCCCUCCUCGGGCUCUCAGGCUCACAUUUCUUCUUACUUUGUCCCCUUAAAUUUACAAAUAUUUACUUCCUAUACAUCAAGAGGAAAGGGGGCUCCCCUUUCAUAGAAUGCGGCAACAUGGGAGUGUUUGAGCGCGGGGUGCAGAUGCUCCUGACCACGGUGGGCGCUUUCGCCGCCUUCAGUCUGAUGACCAUCGCCGUGGGAACGGACUACUGGCUGUACUCGCGCGGCGUCUGCAAAAUAAAGACUAGUAACGAGAACGAGACCAGCAAGAAAAACGAGGAGGUGAUGACCCAUUCGGGCCUGUGGAGGACGUGCUGUCUGGAAGGUAAUUUCAGAGGCAUGUGUAAACACAUCGAACACUUUCCUGAAGAUGCGGACUAUGAAGCAGAUGCAUCAGAGUAUUUCCUGCGUGCGGUUCGGGCCUCCAGUAUUUUCCCCAUCCUCAGUGUCAUCCUGCUGUUCAUGGGUGGACUCUGUGUCGCCGCCAGCGAGUUCCAGAAGUCUCGACACAACAUCAUCCUCAGCGCAGGAAUCUUCUUUGUAUCUGCAGGUCUGAGUAACAUCAUCGGGAUAAUCGUGUACAUAUCAGCCAACGCAGGAGACCCGUCCAAGAGCGACUCGAAAAAGAACAGCUACUCGUACGGCUGGAGUUUUUAUUUCGGCGCGCUGUCCUUCAUCAUGGCGGAGAUGGUGGGCGUUCUGGCCGUUCACAUGUUCAUCGACCGUCAUCGGGAGCUACGCGCGGCCCGUGCGCGGACGGGCGUCGGAGACUAUCUGCAGGGAUCAGCCAUCACCAGAAUCCCCAGCUAUCGCUACCGUUACCGGCGCCGCUCGCGCUCCUCCAGCCGCUCCACCGACCCGUCGCACUCGCGGGAUGCUUCGCCGGUGGGCCUGAAGGGGUUCGGAGCGUUACCGUCCACCGAUAUUUCCAUGUACACCCUCAGCCGCGGCGGUGGCGGCGACACGCUGAAGACUCCGCACGGAACACCACCGAUGUACAACUCCGACAGAGAGCCAGACUUCCUACAGGUCCACAACUGCGUCCAGAAAGAUGCGAAGGACCGCCGCACCACACCUGUAUGAGCGCCCCCUGCAGGUGAGGAGGAGAUCGACUCCACAAACAGACGGACUUAUUUCUAACACUUAUGAUGAUGAGUUUACAUGUUGAAGUCCAAAAAAAGAAAAAUGAAAAUGCAUGAUUUUCUUAUCUUCCAUAAACUAACAAGUUUUCGACCAUGUGAUGAGAGAGCGAGACUGAAGCUCUUGAUAUCUCUUUUCUUCAUGUUCAUUUCAUUUUGUUGCACAUAAAUACUGUGAACCUCCGUGGCCGCUGUGACCGCAGGGAAGAGAAAAACAAUCCCACAAACCGGCCGCGAUUUAUAUGUCAUUAUAAACGUAUUAAUGAUACAUGACUAUAUAAGAUACAUACAUGAAUAUAUGAACAUCUGUUAAUAAACCAUACAUAAUUGACUUCUUAUUUCAAGAAGACACACAAAAAAAACAAAAGAGCAAAUCUGAAGCCAAUAAAAUCAUCAUGGAUAAUAACA